AGAUGCUCACAGUCUGACACACACUUGCUCCUACACACACUCUCUUUCUCACACACACACACACACACACACACACACACACAUACUCACACACACACUCACACACACACACAUACACACACACACUCAUGCACACACACUCAUGCACACACACUCAUGCACACACAGCGGGCAUCGUUCAGCCAGUCCGGCCAGUAAAGAGGGAUGAAACAGAUCAGAGGAAACCCUACAAGUCUCGCUUCGUAUGACCCACGGAUCAGGAGGUAACACAAAAAGUCCUCCGUACAAAGAAGCGCUGGACACAGAGACACACUGUUAAAGGUUUUGGCCAAUCAGGGAUAUCAUCGAUCCUGUCCAAUCAGGGCACUGGGGUGGCAAACCGUGUCUCCUUGCAAAGAGUGAAGCCCAUCUCUGUGCGCUUGCAGGGUCAAGAGAGUAGCAGCUCAAGGGUCCUUCUCUCCUACACCUUAGGAACCCGCUGAUCUGUUACUCUCCAGGUUCUCCAAACGGUGGCUAUGUCGUCGCCCUCCCUUCCUCUCCCCUCGCUGCCCCCCAGCCCCCUAGCCAUGGAGUACCUCAAUGAUUUUGACUUGCUCAAGUUUGAGGUGAAGCCUGACACUCCCCCACCUCCUCAGCAACCAUGUUCCUACUCCAAAGUAGGCCUCCAGCAGCAGCGGGACACCUCUGGCUCCCCCUAUGUGGUGCGCCCCCCUCCAGACUCCAGCCUCAGCUCCAGCCCCUACACUUCCCUGCCACCUUCCCCGACUCUUAGUGAUGCCCAUCCACCUCCGUCGGCCUCAUCCUCCUCCUCCUCUUCGCUCUCCUUCCCCCUCUCAGUGUCCACUGGCUAUGUCUCUGGACUCAGUCAGGCCUCUCAGGGCAAUCAGGAUGGCAGCCCUGCCCCAAGUGCUCUGCCACAGUGCCCCAAUCCUGCCUCUUUGGAAGACCUCAUCUGGUUGGCCGCUCUGCAGCAACAGUUUGGGGGAGAGGCAGGAGGUGCUGCUUCUCUCUUGGGGGCCCUUGGGGGGGCACCAGAGAGAGGGGACAGGGAUAGGGGUCCCAUCGGGGGGUUCCUGGGAUGUGAAGAUGCCGUGGAGGCGCUGCUCAACUCAGCUGCUGCGGCUGUAAGUUCACAGUUUCCUGUCCUGUCACAGAGCUCUGGAAGCAGUAACUUGGGAGAUUCCAGUAGCGAGAGUGGAGGUGAUGUAGCCGUCAGCAAAGCCUCAGAGCUGUGUCACCGUCCUCUCCUUUUCGUCUCCUCCGCCCCUCCCUCUCUCCACAGCGCAAACCCAACCACUGCCCCGUACCCCCAGCCCCCCAGCCCACAGGGCCGUCUUCAUCACUCGCAGCACCACCAUCAUCACCCCCAUCAUCCCAUGCAUGGCAAUCACAGUCACCAUCAUCACCAUCAGCUCCAAGUUAGUCAGUGCGCAGUGGAUGAGCGUUUCUCGGACGAGCAGCUGGUCAGUCUGUCUGUGCGGGAACUGAACAGGCACUUGCGUGGUGUGAGUAAGGAUGAAGUGGUUCGCCUGAAGCAGAAACGCCGGACACUGAAGAACCGUGGCUAUGCCCAGUCCUGCCGGUACAAACGGCUGCAGCAUCGGCACGCACUUGAGUCUGAGAAACACCUCCUCACGCAGCAGCUGGAGCAGCUGCAGUGUGAGCUGUCCCGUGUGUUGAGGGAGCGGGACGCCUACAAAGCUCGUUACGAGAAACUCGUUAAUUCUGGUGAAGCCCCACCCACUCAAGCCAACAACCCGCCUUCCCCGCCCCCAGACUACUUCCUAUGAUGCUCUUUGCGGAAAGGAAAGGACUGGAGAGCAGUGAGAUGACAGAAGAAGCAAACUGCCCCAUCCCAGCGAGCUAGCCAGUCUCUCAGAUGAUGUUGCGGGAGGUGAGAGGGGAGCAGGAGGGGGGGCCUCAACAGUGAAAUAAGCUACUUAACCAAAGCGGGUUCAAUUUGACUGUCAAAUUUGGGCUCAACCUGAAGCCCUAGAAUCCAACUCCAUAAAGACUGUGCUCUCUGCUGCUGGCCAACGUUUCACUGUGAGGUUUUGUAGUAGCACAAUAAAAAAAAGGCUUUUCUACUUUUGAAUGCAUUCUCAUCUUUUCAGCACACAUGCCCUGUCCAUGUUGAAAGAGACUGACCACAGAAAGGACAAUUAGAGAGAGCCGUCUGGUAACACCAGACAUCAGAGUGCUAGCAAGGCUCUCACGUAGAGCCGUCGGACUUCACAUACUCCUUGUGCUCUCAUAGGAUGGUUUUCACCAUGUGCCACAGCUCCAAACUGACCUGUUGGAUCAGGACGUUGUCAAAGAUGAGUCUAACUGCUGCUCUAUAACCUUUUGAUCAAGACUGUAUGAAUCAUAAGGUUAAUCUUUUUUGUGUUUGAGUGAUCAGAUUCCCAAAGGUCAAUGCAAAUCUCACAUUAUAUAAAGCAUAUAGGUCUGAAAGGGGAACCUUGAGUUCAUGUAAAAUUGUAAACGGCAAGUGUUUCUUUUAAUCAGAGACGCUGAGGUUGAAUACAUUAAAAAGCAAGCUCUACAAGCUUUCAAGGACAUUGCUGUGUAGUGUUGCAUUCUGACACCUCAUUCGUUCCGGAGGAGAAGACAGUACAAUUUAGCAUAACACACAUUAUUGCAAUAAAUAUGCUGGUUUUGAAAGACUUGCUGGUUUGGGAAUGGACAUAUGCACUCAACAGGAGAAUGUGUUGAGCUUUUUGCAAGUGAUUGGAAUGCAAGGCAUCCUGUGUUGUGGCUUUAGGAUGGGCCUACGAUUAGCAUGGCUGAGUGAAUUAAAUGGUUUUGAGUGAUUGUGUCUUUCACUAUGUCUUAAUAUGUAGUGAGCUGUUUAUGUAGGCAACAUUUUAGGUCAUCGAAUGCACCUCCUCGACGUGGAGGCUGUCUCAAGGCAGUGAACAGAAGAUGUGGCGAGUGAUGACUUUGCUAAAUUGUUCUCUAGCUAGGUCUGUUGCCUUCGGCUAUUGUUUCAAUAAUCAACAAGCUUUUGCUUACCUAGCUAGCAAGGUUGUUACAAUCUUGUUGAAAGUUGUCAGAAAGGUGACAUUAGCAAUUGGGAAUAAUUUGUGAUGUAUAGCCUAAAUACUGUAUGUUGCCUACUAAUCUGAUUUUAGUCAAAAUCUAAGGCACUCACGUAUCCUAAAUGGAUAAGGCAACCUCACAGUGCAAUCCAACAAGUUUUAAUUCAUGAUGAGGCUAAUUUUAAAAUGUAAGCCUUUUUCAACCCCUUUAUGGAGAAUUUGAGGACUAGUCUCGACACAUUUAUAGACACUAGCUAGUUCUGUUGCCUCAAGCUGUUGUUUCAAAUAGCCAACUAGCUAGUAAACUUUAGAUUAGCUAGCUAGUGCUGGGUCGUUACAAUCUUGUUGAAAGUUGUCAGCUACGUAACUUUAACAAUUGGGAAUAAUUAGUGAUGUAUAUGCUAAAUACGUUGCCUACCUAUCUGAUUGUAGUCAAAAUCUAAGGCAGUGUCUCAUGUAUCCUAUAUGGUUAAGGCAACCUCACAGUGCAAUGCGACAACAUGUUUUCUUAAAAUGAAUUAAUUCAAGGUGGCAGGUAGUGGCUAAUUUUCCAACGUAAGCCUUUUUCAAUCACUUUAAGGAGAAUUUGUACUUAUUGUCCACACAUUUAAAGACACUUGCUAGCUCUGUUGCCUCAAGCCAUUGUUUCAAAUACCAAACUAGCUAGCUAAUUUUUGCUAGCUAGCUGUCAUCUAGGUGACAUUAGCAUUCGAGAUAUCUGAUUAAAUUUUAUGCGAGUAUCUUAAAUAUACUUAACGAAUAAAGCAAUACUACAGUGCAAAAACUCGGUUAGGCCUAAUUGCAA